GCUGUAUCUAGAUAUUGUCUGUCCGAUUGGAGCUUUUGUGAUCACCACAUGGGCAACACAAACACUGUGCUAUCACAAUGAAAGAAGAGCCGAGCGUUCCAUCGACAGACCCUCCUCCUUACUUGCAAGAGGUGAUCCCCGAGGGCUUUGUUAACCUAGCUUACACCCAGGAUGAGAAACCUCAGGAAGACAAACCAGAGGAGCCACCGAAGGAGUCCUCUGGGAAAUCAAAGGGCAACGGCAAAAAGGAAAAAAAGUCAAAAAAGAAGAAAGAGCCAGUGAAAACAGUUGGGUUUUUUCAGCUGUUUCGUUAUGCCACCUGCUCGGAGGUGCUGCUUAUGCUGAUUGGCCUGCUGUGUGCAGGUGCACAUGGCGUUGCCUUGCCUCUCAUGUGCGUGGUUUUCGGAGAAAUGACUGACAGCUUUGUGUUGAGUGGGCAUACCGCUAAUCUGACAGGGAGAGCGGGGCACAAAAUUCUUGCUACUCUGACCAGUAAGGAGCUUUCAGCAUAUGCUAAAGCAGGAGCAGUAGCUGAAGAGAUUCUAGUCGCUAUCAGGACUGUUGUGGCAUUUAAUGGACAGAAAAAAGCAGUGGAAAAGUAUGAGAAGAACUUGAUAGAAGCAAAGAAUUUUGGGGUAAAGAAAGCCAUUACCACUAAUGUGUCCAUGGGUUUGACACAGUUCAUUAUAUUUGGCACUUACGCGCUGGCGUUUUGGUAUGGGACAAAACUCUCUGUGGACGAGCCAGAGAAUUACUCAAUUGGAAAGGUCCUCACUGUUUUCUUCUCUGUGAUGAUUGGCUCAUUCUCUUUGGGUCAGGGAGCUCCAAACCUGGAGAGCAUCGCUAAGGCCCGGGGUGCUGCUUAUGAGGUCUACAAAACAAUUGACAUGCCUCGUCCCAUUGACAGCAGUUCAAAUGAAGGUCACAAACCAGAUCAUGUGAAAGGAGAUAUUGAAUUCAAGAACAUCCACUUCAGCUAUCCCUCCAGAAAAGAUGUGAAGAUUCUGCAGGGAAUGAGUCUGAAAAUCCCUCAUGGAAAGACCAUUGCAUUGGUUGGAGCCAGUGGCUGUGGGAAAAGCACAACAAUUCAGCUUCUGCAGCGCUUCUAUGACCCUGAUUCAGGAGAGGUGACUCUGGAUGGUCAUGAUAUCCGCUCUCUGAAUGUGUGCUGGCUGAGGGAGAACAUGGGUAUCGUGAGUCAGGAGCCUGUUCUUUUUGGAACCACCAUCGCUGAGAACAUACGCUACGGCCGUGAAGACGCCACUGAUGAAGACAUUGAACGAGCCAUUAAAGAGGCCAAUGCCUACGAUUUCAUUUCCAAACUACCAGAUAAGCUGAACACUAUGGUUGGAGAGAGAGGGGCUCAGCUGAGCGGAGGCCAAAAACAGAGGAUCGCUAUUGCUCGAGCUCUCGUCAAAAACCCCAAAAUCCUCCUGCUGGAUGAGGCCACAUCAGCCCUGGAUACACAGAGCGAGUCCAUCGUUCAGGCAGCUUUGGACAAGGCCAGAGCAGGACGUACUACCAUUGUGAUUGCACACCGCCUGUCAACUAUUCGUUCGGCAGAUAUAAUUGCUGGCUUCAGUGAAGGCAAAGUGGUGGAACAGGGAACUCACAGAGAACUCAUGGCCAAGAAAGGAGUGUAUUAUUCUCUCGUAAUGCAACAGACCUCUGGGAGACCAAAUGAUGAUGAUCUUGAUGCCAAUGAAGAUGAUACUCAGGAUGAUUCUGAGGGAGAAACCGGUGAGGAAUCUUCUGAAACAGAAACUCCUGAGGGAGGAAUGGAAAUGCAAAUGGAGAGCGGAACCUUUAGAAGAAGCUUAAGACGUGGCAGUGAGAGACGUUCCUCCAGAAAGAAGUCCUCAAAGAAGAAGAGCAAGAAAUCCAAACAAGACAAAAAGGAAAAAGAAAAAGCUCCAGAAAUACCUUUCACUAAAAUUCUGGCUCUGAACAAGCCAGAAUGGCCGUACCUGCUGGUGGGCACGCUGGCCAGCCUUGUGGGUGGAGCUGUUUAUCCCUGUGUGGCCAUUCUGUUUGCCAAAAUCAUUGGAGUGUUUGCAGAGGUUGACCCUGAUGUAAAGCGACAGAAGACCAUGAUGUUCUCACUUUUCUUUCUACUAACGGGAGCAGUGGCCUUUGUCACAUAUUUCUUCCAGGGCUUCAUGUUUGGUAAAUCUGGGGAGCUGCUAACCAUGAGGUUGAGACGUCAGACUUUCAAUGCCAUGAUCAGACAGGAGAUUGCUUGGUUUGAUGACAACAACAAUGCAGUGGGAGUCCUGACCACUAAAUUAGCCACAGAUGCGUCUCUGGUUAAAGGGGCAGCAGGAUCCAGAUUAGGUCUAGCCACAAACACUAUCUGUGCACUUGGCAUCGCUGUCAUUGUGGCCUUCAUCCAUAGCUGGCAGCUCACCUUGCUUAUCCUUGCCUGUGUCCCCUUCCUCACGGGGGCUAAUUUCAUCCAGAUGAGAGCCAUGUCAGGACAUGCAUCCAAAGAUCAGAGUGCACUGGAGAUGUCUGGCAAGAUAUCCACAGAAACUGUUGAGAACUUCAGAACGGUUGUUGCAUUAACCCGCGAAGACGUCUUCUUCCACAAGUUUAUUGACAGCCUGAGCAAGCCAUACCAAUCUAGUUUGUGUAAAGCACCCAUCUACGGAAUCACCUUUGCUCUUGCCCAAGCCAUUCCUUACCUGGUCAAUGCCGCAAUCUUCCGCUUCGGAGCCUGGCUUAUUGCACGCUGCUACACAGAAUAUGAAAAUGUUUUCCUGGUGUUUUCUGUGAUCGUCUUUGCUGCAAUGAACAUUGGUCAGUCCUCAUCAUUCGCCCCUGACUUUGCCAAAGCCAAAGCCGCAGCGGGGAGGAUCUUACUGCUGCUAGAAAAGAAGCCAAACAUCGAUAUCUAUGACGAGUCUGGACACCGACCAACAAACUUUUCAGGGAAUAUUGAAUUCCGAGAUGUGCAUUUCUGCUAUCCAACGCGUCAGAAUGUGAAAGUCCUGCAGGGCCUGAAUGUGUCCGUGUGUCAGGGCCAGACCCUGGCCCUGGUGGGCAGCAGUGGUUGUGGCAAGAGCACCACCAUUCAGCUUCUGGAGCGUUUCUACGACCCUGCGGCAGGCCAAGUGUUUGUAGAUGGGAACGACAGCAGAAGUAUGAACUUGGCAUGGCUGCGCACGCAGAUGGGGCUGGUGUCUCAGGAGCCCAUCCUGUUUGAUUGUACCAUUGCUGAGAACAUUCAGUAUGGAGACAACAGCCGCGACGUCAGCCAGGAGGAGAUCGAGGAAGCUGCGAAGAAGGCCAACAUUCAUCAUUUCAUCCUUGGCCUUCCAGAGAAAUACAACACUCGAGUUGGAGAUAAAGGCGCUCAGCUGUCUGGAGGACAGAAGCAAAGGAUAGCCAUCGCUCGAGCUCUGGUCCGCAAUCCCAAACUUCUGCUGCUGGACGAGGCCACGUCUGCACUCGACACAGAGAGCGAGAAGAUUGUGCAGAAGGCCCUUGAUGACGCUCGGCAUGGCCGCACAUGUAUCGUCAUUGCCCAUCGCCUGUCCACUAUUUAUAAUGCUGACAUCAUCGUGGUUGUUCAGAACGGCAAGGUGACUGAGCAGGGAACGCAUGCUCAACUCAUAGCCAAACAAGGGGCCUACUAUGCUCUAGUGAAUGCACAAGUGUCUGCACAAUAACUUAAUCUCCCUUUGAUUUAUUCUAGUGGUUGUAUAUCUCAAAUGAAGGGCAAAGUUAAAUGAUUAAAUGGUGCAGUUAAUCUUAAAUUCAAUUGGAAUCUCCUCUGUCACUAAAUAUUCAGUUUGUUUUAGGAUUAAAUGACUUUGAAUGUAAAAGCUUACAGUUGAUAAGCUAAGAAGCAUUUAAAUAUUCUGACUCUAGACACAAACAAACAAAAAAGUGGGAUAAUUGUUAUUUAGUUAUUUUGUUACAAUGAA